AUGGCUCUCCGCAUCCCAGGUAUUACUAGACAUGGAUCAUUUUCAGCAUCCAAAGCAACUCGCAAGGGAAUUGAAGUCCAAAAAGGUUAUCUUGCAGUCUAUGUUGGAGUUAAGAUGAGACGCCAAGCUGAAGAAGAGUUUGGAUAUGAUCAUCCAACGGGUGGCCUCACAAUUCCAUGCAAUGAGGAUGAGUUUCUAAACUUCACUUCCCGCUUGAAUGAACUGUAA